AUGUCUGAAACAAGUGACACUGUCGAGACUCCCAUUAUAGAUGAAGUUGACAGGUUAAAUUUAUCUUUCAAAAAAUUAUUCGACGCUGCUUUAAAAACUGAAACUUGUUCAGAAUCAAAUGACAUUCGUGUAGUAGCAGCAAUUGAUUUCGGUACCACAUAUUCGGGAUAUGCUUACGCUCAUUUAAAAAGUAAACCUUUAGAUAUUAUAACCUGUGUUGAAUGGCCAGAAUAUGAUGGUAUAUCAAAAGUACCGACGGUGCUAAAAUACAACGAGUCUUUUGAAGUUAUAGAUUGGGGUUAUCCUGCAUUGAUUAAUUUAGAUCGAAAAAAUAUCAAUCAAACGUCCAAUAUGAAACCCGUCGAAUUAUUUAAGCUUCAUUUGAGUAAUGAUAAUGACCUAGAAAAUAAACCUUAUCUUCCUCCUGGACUUGAUUAUAAGCAAGCUAUAAUCGAUUAUUUACGUAAAAUAGGUGAUUCGCUUAAAGAGGAAUUGAACCGAUGGCAAAAUAUUGAUUACUUUAAAAAUGUUCGCCUAGUUUUGACUGUUCCUGUAGAAUUCGAUAAUGAUGCUAUAUCUAUUAUGCGUGAUUGUGCAUAUGAAGCUGGCUUGACGAAAUAUAAGCAUAAUUCUAAUGGUUCUAAUUUAUUAUUUGUACAUGAACCUGAGGCAGCUGCGGUGCAUUGCUUAAAGGCAUCUGGUGAAUUUGAUUUUUCAGUUGGAGAUACUUUCAUGGUAGUAGAUUUAGGCGGUGGCACGGUUGAUAUAACGACAAUGAAGUUAUUAGUAGGAGGCAAAUUAAGUGAAAAAAUUGAGAGUAAAGGUGAUUAUUGUGGUGGAAGUUAUGUAGAUCAAGAAUUUUUAAAUUUUUUAGCCAAAAAAGUUGGUGAAUCAACAAUUGAAAAUUUAAAAGAACAUCAUUAUGGACAAAUUCAACGUGUGAUUCAUGUAUUUCGUAAACGAAUUAAACAUCGAUUUACGGGAAAAAGUGAAGAUUUUACUGAUUUUGAAUUGGAUUUGGAAGAAUUAUCAAUGUGGGUUAUAACCAUAAAAUAUGAUGAUAUAAAAGCUAUGUUUGAUCCCAUUAUUGAUAAAGUUAUCAAGUUAGUUAAUGGACGGCUCGAAGCACUUAAUUUUAAUUGUUCUGCCAUAUUAUUGGUCGGAGGAUUUAGUGAAUCCAGAUAUUUGGUUUCCAGGAUUAGAAAUGUGUUUAAACUAAUUGUUCCAAAUAUCUCCGUUCCUUCUAAUCCUAUGCUCGCCAUAGUUAAAGGCGCCGUACAAUUUGGAUCUUCACAAAGAAUCAUUGUUGAUCGUAUUUUGAAAUGGACUUAUGGAACCGAUGUUAUAAGAAAAUGGAAGCCUGAUGAUCCUCUAGAUCGAAAAAUCGGUGAACAUAUCAAGGUUUUUAGCAGAUUAGCGAAAAGAGGAGAAAAAGUUGCUGUAGGUGAAAAAGUUGUAAGGAUUUUUUCAACGGCACACGUCUUUCAAUUUUUGAUGGGUCUUGAUUUGUAUGUUACACGUGACGAAGAUGCAGAAUAUUGUGAUAGUCCAGGUGUAGAAUUACUUGAUAACUUUAAUAUUAAAGUACCUAUUACCGGUGAAGAAAAGCGUGCAAUCUUAUACAUUAUGAAUUUCGGAAUGGUAGAAAUUCAAAUCACCGCUGUCAAUCCUGAUGAUGGAAUGAAGUAUGAGAGAGUAUUUGAUUUGGAUAUUUGA